AGGGUUAGAAUGAAAUAUUUCCCUAAAAAUCUACGAGCUGCUGCCCCCGCGACCAGAUAAGUUCUCGACGAUCGCCGCACGCGGCGGCGGCGGCUUCCCCAAAUGGACCUCCUCUCUCUCCCGUCCACUAGGCCUGCCGCCGUGGCCGUCGCCGCCUAUUCUCUUUCACGCUUUCCUACUGGGGCUCAGCUGGCCUCCACUAAGCUCGCCCUUUCCUUCUCCAUAUCCACCAAAAAUCCCGUCUUUGCCCGCCAUGGCAUCAACUCUCGCGCUUCUAUCUCCACCCGUGCUUCGCAUCCGUCUCAUCCUGCGGAGAAUGCGGCACCGUCGUCCUCUCUUGCUACUAUUUCUCCUCCUGCGGGAUGGAUUGUGGUGAUGGAGAAGCCCCCAGGCGGCCGUUCCUCCAAAGCGGAAGUGAUCGAUUACUACGUCGAAACCCUUUCUAGGGUUUUGGGAAACGAGGAGGACGCUCAGAUGUGCAUAUACGAUGCUUCUUGGCAAAACCAAUUUGGUUUUUGCUGUGACAUCAACGAAGAAUCAUCUCAUGAACUAGCCCGUGUUCCCGGAGUUUUGUAUGUUAGGCCUGACAUUGAUGAGGGAUAUGGAAAGAAAGAUUACAGCUAUUCAGAUCCUUUCCCAGUUAACCAUUUGAAACCCGAUGGUUGUAGUUCAAGUUUUUCUUUGUUUUCAAAAAAUAAUGAGUAUUGGCUUGUCCGAAUGGAUAAACCUGGGGUAGAAGUUGUUUCCAAGGCACAAAUGGUAGAUUAUUAUGCCCAAGCUCUAACAAAGGUUAUGGGGAACGAAAAGGAUGCACAAGUAUGCAUUUAUCAUAUAUCAUGGGAGAAAGAUUUUGGAUUUUGUUGCCAAAUUGACUAUGAAUGUGCACGGGAACUAGCUGAUGUUCCGGGGGUGUUGUCUGUUCGGCCUGAUCCCAAUCAUGAGUCAGAGACCAAAAACUACAAAGGUAAUGAUCCCAACUUAUCAGAAGCAGAAGCAAAACAAGUACCAAAUAUCAGAACCAAAAGACUUUUUGUAACCGGACUAUCCUUCUACACCUCCGAGAAAACACUGCGUGCAGCGUUUGAAGGUUUUGGCCAGUUAGUUGAAGUUAAAAUCAUAAUGGACAAGAUAUCUAAAAGGUCAAAAGGAUAUGCCUUCAUAGAAUACACAACAGAAGAAGCUGCAAGUGCUGCUCUGAAAGAUAUGAACGGCAAGAUAAUCAACGGCUGGAUGAUAGUUGUUGACGUCGCCAAAACUAACCCACCGAGAUACAACAGAGGGCAGCCGAGGCCAUCACUGAGUUCAACCAGUUCAUCAUACUAAACCAUAAAGACUCGAGAUCACUAGCCAGAAGGAAAAUGCAGUUGGUGAAUGCUUAUCGCCUGGUCCGAAAUAGGAGACUGAGACUGACUUAGAUGCUUCUGCAAAUUACUAGGCGUUUUUUUUGUCUUCCUGUAACAUGUUUUUUUUGUCUUCCUGUAACAUGGAAGGUGAUGCUUAUAAGUACGUUUGGAUUGAAUUUAUCUCGUUACAAGUAUUUACAAGCAGAAGCUUUGCAUUUCUGAAUGUUU